AUGGAGAGGAUGAUGGAGGACCACAACCAGCCAGCAGCUCAGGUCCAAACAGUCUUUUACAACCAGAUACCAGUGGCAGGAGGUCAGACAGUUCUGGAACUGAGACUGAUGACAGUGAUGACUGGAAACAGACCAGAAAACCUCAGUCAAAUUUUAACUGUCAGAAAAAUACUAGUAUUGUUCAUUCAGGCAACAAUGAUGAGAAUCUAUUUGAAGACUCUAAAUAUGGAACAGCAUCUGGUCACAUGAAAAACUCAGAGCAACAAAAGGAGAGGCAAGCAAGCAGAAAACCAUUUAGCUGUUCUGAUCAGAGUAAAAGACAGAAACAGAAGGGCACUCUGAACAAACACAUUAGGAUUCAUACAGGGCAAAAAGCAUUUGUCUGUUCUGAGUGUGGUCAAAGAUUUGGACAAAAGGGCCACCUGAAGAGACACAUGAUCAUUCACACAGGGCAAAAAGCUUUUGUUUGUUCUGAGUGUGGUCGAAGAUUUGGACAGAAGAGCACCCUGAAUAAACACAUGAUAGUUCAUACAGGAGAAAAAGCAUUUGUCUGUUCUGAGUGUGGAAAAAGAUUUGGACUAAAGAGAAACCUGAUCAGACACAUGAUCAUUCAUACAGGAGAAAAAGCAUUUGUCUGUUCUGAGUGUGGAAAAAGAUUUGGACUAAAGAAAAACCUGAACAGACACAUGAUAACUCAUACAGGGCAAAAAUCAUUUGUUUGUUCUGAGUGUGGUCAAAGAUUUGGACUAAAGGGCCACCUGAAGAGACACAUGAUCAUUCAUACAGGACAAAAAGCAUUUGUCUGUUCUGAGUGUGGUCGAAGAUUUGGACAAAUGAGCAACCUGAACAAACACAUGAUAAUUCAUACAAGCCAUUCACUGCCCCCUCAAAAAAUGAGCCAUUCACCAGCCCAUCCACAAAACAAUAUACAGGUGCACACAGACCCAGAACAGCAGGAACUAGACUAGAAGAUGAAUUGGCAAAUAUGA